UUUCUUAAUCCCUCUUCAAAUUUCCAGACCCACUUUGUUUUGCAAUGUCUUUUCCCCUUUACCGCCAAUAAAUCUUAAUCUUCAUCGUUUCUCGUGCAUGCAUAUGAAUGAGUAAGUUUGAUUCUUCCUCUGCCGUCAUCGAAUCUGCCAUGGAAGAUACCUCCGGUCCCCGCCAAAACCUACCUGGGAAGGGCCGCCACCGCCCCUCCCCGACCACCACCACCGUCAGCACCACAACCACCGGGGACUCCGACGGAGAAGUGGAGGCGGCCGAACAAGGCGACCCCAAGGCGUGGGCAGCGUUUAACAAGAGCUUCCGGCAGGUGCAGUCGGUGUUGGAUCGUAACCGCCUUCUGAUUCAGCAGGUGAACGAAAACCACCAGUCUAGGAUUCCCGACAAUAUGGUGAAGAACGUGUCCUUGAUUCAGGAGCUCAAUGGAAAUAUCUCCAAGGUCGUCUCUCUUUACUCUGAUCUCAAUUCUAAUUUCUCCACCAUGUACCAGCAACGCGCCGAUAAUCGUAACGGAAGACCUGAGAAAUGAAGGGCGUGAAGGAUUAUGAUCAAAUUCGUUCCUGUAAUUUCCAGUUUACUCUCUUGAUAUAAGUUCAGGGUUGAUGAGUUCUGUAAUUGCUAGCAAUUCUCUAGCUGUGUUCGUGUCCCUAGAAAUAAAAUAUUUGUUAACUUUGGAUAGUUGGUUAUGUCUUCCAGUGGCACUUCGUAAUAUUUAUUGAACAAUUUUGAUGCUAA